AUGUUAGACAGUCAUAAUCAAUACAACAACCAUUUGCAGUCUCACUAGUCUGAUAUCAACAUCAAUUUUCGCAGCAGAUAGAGCGUUUACUAGGGAUUUCUGAGUAAGGACGUUUAAGUCUACCAUGAUAGCAGCAAUCAAUCUUAAAUGCUUGAACAGAUGAAGAUUCCUAUCAACGAUGAUUGCAUUCAAAUCCUUGAUUGGCUUGACAAUAUUUACUUGGAAUAUGGUAUUCCUCUCAAGCAGGCUUAAUAUAUCAACAUUUGGGAUCCAGUAGAAAAUCACUACAUUGACAUAACUCGCAUUCGCUCCAUUCCUUGCUACAAUUUCAAGCAAGCCUAGCCAAUUUAUUUGAGGUAUCUUCCUAACUAGGAGCAUGCUGUGCCUCCCCAUGCUAACUACUAAUCGAUGAUUGACGAAAAUAUGUCUUGCAAUUAUCAUAUUGAAAAUCCUUUGUAUUAAAAUAGUCAAUAAAACAACUUAUUUAAUAACUCCUUGUAAUAAUCAUCUUCUAUAUAGAAUACAAAUAACUGGUACAACAUAUAAUAGCAAAGUACUUCUUCUUCAUUCUAAGUAAAUAACUUUCAUGGUACCUUCAACAAUGCCAAAUCAAGUAGCAAAACUCUAAGUAACUAAAGCUACCAGCGUACAAACUCAGAUGCAGGUUCAAACAAUUCUACAGCAUCAACAAGUAACUCUAGUAUUAGACCUAAAAGAUAAUCAAUGGUAUCUGAGUCUAGCAAUAGCAAAAGCAGCCUAACAAAUAAUGCUUUUACAAAUAGCAGCGUCCAUAAUACAGUAGCUAAAAAUGAGAAGAUGGUUAAUUCUGAAAAUUUACACAAUCCAAGAAGACUUAUCGAUUAAUUAAAGUAAGAAGCUAAUUCCUCAUCACCAAUAAUAGAUCAUGAUGAAAAUGUGAUGAAAAAUUUAAAAAUGGAAGAUUAAGGAAGUUCCUUUGCUUCUACUAUAAAUAUAGGUACAGGUAAUGGGUACACUAGUAAAUCUAUCCAGCUGAACUUAAAGAAAGAAUAUAUUCAUGAAUCUUCUGACAAUAUGCAAGCUAGCGGGGAAUUGAAUGGAAUUUAGAAUAAUGUUGUCAAUAACUCUACUUGUUCAAAUAAAUAAUCGAAUGGUAAGACAAAACAUAAAGAUUCUGAUUAAUUGUCAUAAAAAGAUAUGUGCUCCACUCCUCAGUAAAAUGAAUAAUAAACAAGUAAUUUUCAUAUUAUUUUUAAGAAUUACAUAUAAAAUCUAUCAAGUUUAGUCAUACUUACUUCCACAUACAUAAAGUUGCAAAUAUUAAUUUUAAGGGCAUUUUUUUAAUUUCUCUGCCUUAUUGUUUGCAAAUUAACUAACUCUCUUUUUAUAAACAAACAAACAAAAAAUAAAUGCAAUCAAUUAAUCAAUUAAUGA